AUGGGCGCCCGAACAGGCUUCGGCCUCAAAUUCGUCCAGUGGUUCGUCCGCGGCAUCCAGUUCUGCUGCGCCGCCAUCGUCCUCGCCAUCUACUCCUACUUCCUCGCGACCCUGCACAACCACCACCUGCCCAUCGCCACGAGCCUGCGCGCCGUCGAGGGCAUCUCGGGCGCGGCCGUGGCCUACGCGCUGCUGGCCCUGCUGACGCUCUGCUGCCUCGCGGGCCGCACCCUGACGGCCUUGUUCGGCGUCGUCCUCGACAUCUGCUUCAUCGGCGCCUUCGUCUACGUCGCCGUCGCCAACAAGAACGGCGCCGGCACCUGCGACGGCGUGCUCGACACGCCCUUUGGCAAGGGCCAGUCCGACGCCACCGUCAAGGCCCACAGCGGCUUCACCACCCUGCCCAGCUUCCACACCGCGUGCCGCCUGCAGACGGCCUGCCUCGCCGUCUCCAUCAUCGCCAUCUUCUUCUACAUCCUCUCCAUCCUCAUGGAGGUCGCCCUUGCGCGCCACCACCGCAAGGAGAAGCGCUACGGGCCCAGCCCCCGCAACGACUACACGUCUGGCUUCGGCCGCACCGCCAGCACCAGCACCCGGAAGCCGGGCUUCUUCGGGCGCUUCCUCGGCGGGCGCAAGGUCGUCGACGCCAGCGAGGAGGGCAACAUGCUGCCCGCGCACCCGCAGCCCGACCAGCUCAAUGCCCACCACCACCACGCGGACAACAACGACAUCUCGAACCCUUACGUCCACACCGACUACAACAACAAGUACGAGACUGGGUACGGCUACUCGGGCGUCACGGGGCCGGCUGCUACUACCAACACCACUGCGUAUGCUGGCGCCGGCGGGUAUGCGGCUCCCCAGGGCACGGCUGGAUAUGGCCAGCCGGUCAACUACCGCUACGACGACGGCAUCUACGACCAUGCUCAGCGUUAA